GUAGGCUGUUAGAAGUCCUGGACCAAGCUGCUCUGGAGACUGAAGCAGAACUGUAAGAGUUAUUGUCCUGCAGUGUUUUAUAUAACUUUUAUAAGUGAUCAUAGUUAUAGUAUAGUGGUAAAGAAAUACAACUACAGCAAAAAUCAAUGAAUGUAAGAAAACCGUUAUGUUUAAACUUAGUAUUUGAAAACCCCAAAACGAGAAAAUUUAGUUCAACCAUUAAACCAACCAAUUAAUGACUUAUCAUCUUUAACUACAGACUUAAUGGCUUAUUACUGAACUGUAUUAUUGCUAGUACUUUCCUGUGUGCACUGACAUAAAGGUAAGCUGCUGUAACAAAGAGUUUCCCUUCGGGGAUCAAUAAAGUAUUUCUGAUUCUGAUUCUGAUUAGAGAGCGGGAAACCCAUGCGCAUUUAAUAAUGACCAACAUUUAGAACUGCAUUAUUACCACAUAGCUAUAAUAAAGUCCAGCCAAUGGAUUUUUCACAACCUGGCAACCUAAAAUUGUUAAUGGUUUAUGACUUACACCUUAUUGAGCCCUGUUUAAAUGGUCCCUUAUUAUAAAGUGGUACCCACGUGUUGCUGUGUGAGUGGGUUUUGUGCACAUUAUAUUUAAAAUUUUGAUUAGAGUGAUUUUAGUUCUCCCUGUUGAGGGUCUUCCUGUUCACUGCGUUAAUCUGUUGUGAUGUUUGACGCUUGCCUGUAGCUGGUUGUGAAGAUACAUAUCUGGGUAAUAUCUGUGUCAGAAACUUCAGAGAGAGUGAUCUAACUGCCUGCCGCUGACUCGUCUGACAGCCCGCUGAUUUACAAUAUUUGUAGUUUUCUUCCUGACAUCAUGUUGCUCGUCAGCGUGCGCACUCUGCGCGCUCAUUGCCAAGAACAUAGCCUACUUUAGGGAGGCUGCCGAGUGGGGGGAGCGAGGAGAGACAGUAAUUUUUUCCUCUGGUCCUGAGGGGUCUCCUUCUCUAUAUAAGGCACUCUGAGCUGCUCAGGAGUUACACAGCUCCUAUGUGCUUCAGGAACACCGCCAGCAAGUAGCAGCCUGGUCCUCUCACAAGGGAAUAAUACAGCUCUCCAGCCAUCGGGGGGAAACUGCUCCGAAAUAUUCAAGCAACUGGAUAUUAACUGAGAGAGAUAGAGGUUGUGUCUGGGACUCUGAGGACGCUCACACACAAUCCGCUGUCUACUGUAGUCUGAAAGUCCAACCCAGACAGCUGAAGUGUCAGAAUGACCUGCGCUGCCAUGACCUGGCUCCCUGUCCUCUCCCUCUCUCUCUCCCUCCUGCUGUUGUGCAUCAGGGACUCGGCCUCCCUCUUCCUGCCUGAUUCCAAGGAGCUCAGGCAGCUGCUGAGCCGCUACGAGGAGGAAGCGGAUCAGAACAGCACAAGCAACACAGCUGGCAAUAGGACCCGACGAGCCAUCCGCUGGUCGGACCGUGAGGAGAUCCUCCAGCUGCACAACAAGCUGAGGGGCAGCGUCUACCCCACAGCCUCGAACAUGGAGUACAUGGUCUGGGAUGACGAGUUGGAGCGGUCUGCCACUCAGUGGUCAGAGGAGUGUCAGUGGGACCAUGGACCUCAGGACCUGCUCAUGUCUAUUGGACAAAACCUGGCUGUUCACUGGGGAAGAUACCGCUCUCCUGCCUUCCAUGUCCAGGCCUGGUAUGAUGAGGUGAAAGACUACACCUAUCCCUACCCCCAAGAGUGCAAUCCCUGGUGUCCAGAACGCUGCUCUGGGCCCAUGUGCACCCAUUAUACCCAGCUGGUCUGGGCAACCACUAGCCGAGUGGGCUGUGCUGUGCACGUGUGUCCAAGGAUGAACGUGUGGGGAGAAAUAUGGGAGAACGCCGUUUACCUUGUGUGCAACUAUUCCCCAAAGGGCAACUGGAUCGGUGAGGCUCCAUACCAGCAUGGCCGCCCUUGUUCCCAGUGCCCUCCCAGCUAUGGAGGAUCAUGUAGGAAUAACCUGUGCUACAAAGACUCUCAGCGCUCAGAGACAGAGGACAUGAAUGAGGUGGAGAAGCCUCAGGUUCCACUGCCACCUCGUACCACUGCCAAACCUGCCCCCAAGCCUAAACCGUCUGCUCCAAAGAAACCAGUGUCCAAACCCUCUGCUCCUAAUCCCACCACACCCAGGAUGCCAUCUUCAAAGACUCCCGGCAACACCUAUCUUGCUCAGAACAUUAAGUGUGAGACUAGACUGCGAGAUAAGUGUAGAGGCGCAACCUGCAACAGAUAUAAUUGUCCUGCUAAUUGUCUGAAUAAGAAAGGGAAAGUUUGGGGAACUCUCUUUUACGAUGUGCAAUCAAGUAUUUGCCGAGCUGCUAUCCAUUUUGGUGUCAUUGACAACAACGGAGGACUGGUUGACAUCACAAGAACGGACAAGUUUCCAUUCUUUGUCAGAGCCACAAAGAAUGGCAUUGAAUCCUUAAGUAAAUUUAAACCCGGGAAUGCCUUUGUGGUGGCCAAAGUGGAAGAAAUGACUGGUGACUGCUACACCACAGUGGCUGAAAUCUGCCCUUUCAAAAAGCCCUACUCACACUGUCCAAGAAUCUUCUGUCCAGCCAGCUGCAAGACUCAGCCGUCUUAUUGGUCACCUGUGAUUGGAAACAACAUCUACGCAGAUAGCUCCAGUAUUUGUAAAGCAGCCAUCCAUGCAGGGGUAAUCAAAGCAGACGGCGGUUUUGUGGAUGUUCUACCACUGGACAAGAGAAAGAACUACGUUGGAGUACUGAAAAAUGGUAUCCAGUCUGAGAGCAAGAGCAACACAGAGGGAGGCUCUUUCCGAGUCUUUGCUGUGAGGGAGUGAGACUUCAGUUCAGAAGUCGAAAGACCAACAGAGUCACCUCAACUGCUCUUGAAGAGCAGGAAGUGCCCACAGGUUGGAUACCAUGGCUGUUCAUCUGUCUCUGCGCCUUCAGAGGAAACAGAACGUCCCAGCAGACUGAUAGACACUUUUCCCUCUUAGUUCAUAAACAGUAGGCACCCAGUAAAAGUUGUUGUCCGAUAUUUUGAUGGACGUUUAUAUUCUCAGCUUUUAACUCCAGAUAUGGAUAUUUCUUAGACAUACUUACUUACUCUGUGAAUACAGAAUGUUUUUAUAUAUUAUAAUGCAUUGAACAGCUGGUGCUGGAAGUUUUGAGUUAGACAUGUUUUACAGAAAGUAUUAUGUUUACAUUGAUGUUCUUAUUACAAAUUCAAAUUGGUUUUCAUACACAGGAAUGUAUACUGAUCACACUGUAUUUAAUCAUUGUGUACAGAAUAUAUGAUAUUUUGUUUGUUUUAAAAAUGGAGUACCAUAUAUUAACAUUUUUAUGUCUAUUAUGAUUUAUUAUUUCAUUGGCUUUUUCUGCUCACCUGGAUAAUCUGUGCUUUUUACUCUUGAAGAUUAAGACUGUGAAACCAAAUCUUAGUCUAAAUUGUACUUAUAAGUUAAAUGGUAUGCUCAUUGCGAGUGAGGAUGUUUUGUUGGCUGGGUAGACCAGAACUUGUUGGGCAGAUACAAAAGGAGAGGAAAGAGUGUGGUAAAUGGAAAUGUAUACAGGCAGCAGGCACUGCUGUAGAUAGACAGUGCCCGACAUGUGGAGGUGAUUUAGUGAGCAUGUUACAUUGCUAAGUUCACUGUAUAGGAUACAAUAGCUGAUGCAGAUGGAUCAGAAUAAUGGCAAUAUUGUGGAUGCAUUAAAUAACAAUUACAGACAGUAGAUAUGUUUAAAACAACAAGCAGUCAUUUCAUAUUUAUUAUUGCUUAGUGCUUUCCUCAUUUCCUCAUUUCUCUUGAUUCUGUAAGAUGAAAAUGCUAAAUUUGUCCCCUCCCCACCUAAGACAGAUGAAUGUGUCACAUGUUUCAGGUACAGAUAGAGUUUUAUGUGUAGAGGCUAGACCAUAUUUUGAGCCGCGUGAAUGUGAUAACAUGUUAUCAUCAAACUGCAGUUUAUGCACUUUGGAACAAUUUACACUAUGCAGUGCAUGCAGGAUACAGACACCUGAAAUGUCUAUCAUUAUACUGGACUGAGGCACUGUUGCCAUUUGUACAGCCCUGAUUUGAAUACUUUUCUUAAAGAAACGCCUCAUUUUAUUGAAUUUUAGUUUAUUACUCUUUGUAUCUUUUCCCACGUUUCUGCUGUGUCACUUAAAUGCACAGCAAAAAAUACAUUUUAGCAUAGUUAGCAUCCCUCGUGGAAACUAAUGAAACAAAUGUAAAAUCCAUUUUGUGCUGCAGGACUGAGGUGUCCAGUUGGGGUCCUACAUAACACCAGAUAUAUUAUAGUACCAUUAAGCCUUGUCGCCCUAUCUGUGGGUUUCCUAGAGAUUACAAACAUGCUAAUAGAGAGUGUAAAAAACAAGACUGUAAAAACGUCACACAUACCUGGCCAAGAAAAAAUUGACUCACUAAAAUCUUUUCCUUCAAGCAUAUUUCAACUUUAUCUCUUUAUUCUACCUCAGUCUAUCGCUACGCUAGGCAUUUAGGUCUUUUCUAUAUGGGAAUUUUUAUGGGAAAUGCUAAAGCUUUUGUAAAGUUAUGGGAACUGUAAAUAUUAUGAUUUCUUGUUUUUGGAUAAUCCUUUUUGCAGUAAUAUAUCAUUAAAAUGUGUGAAUUUGUUUUAAUUGUGUUGUUUUUAUACAGGUGUACGAUGGGUUCUAUAUUUUUUAGCACAAUUUGAAAAUAAAGUAUGACAAAUGCCGCAACACAUGUUUUUGUGUUGGUACAA